CAUGACUGAGUUAACAGUCGCGCAAAAACCUUAGUAACAUGAAACCGACGUUAUACGAACUUUUUUAUGAAAAGUGGCAAUAUGAGCGCACUUGCUUCCUUCAAAAGUACGUGCAUUAGUAGCAAUUAAAAUUAGUCCAUCUCGUGGGAAAAAAAAGUUUGAUACACCGAGUGCACGGUCCCUCAACCAGUUGGGUGGAUGUUUCUCAUUCCUCGGUCAACUUUGCUCUCGGAUAGUGGUAACGGUAACAACAGUCGCCAUGCUGUUUCUAGUGUUACUUUUCGUGAUAGCAGCUCUGUUAACAUUUCAAUACACUCGAUGGAUCCGGAUAAACAGCUACAGCAAGCGGAUACCUUCCGUCGAACCAAUUGUGCCUAUUUUGGGACACAUCCCGAUGCUGUGCGGGAUCAACACCCAGGAGAUAUUCGAAUUUUUCGUCAAGAGCUUCCAGCAGGUCGACCGGAUGGGCAAGAUCAUGCUCGGACCAGUUCCGAUGGUGAUGGUGAACCAUCCGGAUUUGAUGGAACAAAUCCUGACGAACGGCGAUAUGUACAAUAAGCCAUUUUUGUACGAUUUUUUCGAGCUUGGAGUCGGAUUGAUCACGGAACGGAACGGGGAAAAGUGGAAGCUGUCUCGAAAGGCUCUAAAUCGAACAUUCAACUCCCAGAUACUUAGAGGUUUCCUCCCGUUGAUGGAUGCGCGAGUGAAAACAUUGGUUCAAAAAUUAGAGCCAUAUGCUGGGGGUGCAGAGAUCGAUCUUCUGGAACAUAUUGCCGAGUGUACCCUGGAGAUGAUCUUCACAACUACAAUGGGGCGCUGUGAGGAUAAAUUACCAGGACAGACAAGGUUUCUACAUCAUGUAGAUCUGUUGAUGAAGCUCAUUGGAGAACGAAUAUUCAACGUGAACCAAUUCUUGGACGUAUUUUACCGCAUGACAAAAUCGUACCAAACGAGAAAGGUUUGCGAAGAUGUUGUUAACGAGUUCACGGAAGCGAUCAUUCAAACCCGACGUGAGGAGCUUGAAAAGGAAAGACGACUAGCACCAGAGCAGGAUGAGUUUCACUCGAAACUACUGAUCUUUCUAGACCAGGUGCUUACAAUACGGAAAGGUGAAGAAAACACUGGGUUUACAGAUCGUGAGAUUCUUGAUCAUCUCCUCACUAUCAUGGGAGCGGUAAGUAUUGGCGAAUCUCCAAAGGCGAUCAAGUUGAAGAUCAUUUCAAAAUUUCAGGGUCAGGACACUUCAGCCUAUGCUGUAGCCUACACCUUGCUGCUUCUGGCUAUGAACCCGAAAAUUCAAGCAAAGGUUGUAGAAGAAAUAGACUCCGUGUUCACCUCCAACUCGGUGGAAGUCACCGUAGACACCCUGCAACAACUCAAGUACACCGAACAAGUCAUCAAAGAGUCGCUUCGGCUCCUUCCGGUGGCACCAAUUUUGGGACGCGAAACUAGCAAGGAAAUCGAGCUCGAUGGUGUCCGGAUUCCCCCGAACCAAAUGAUCAUGUACAACCUGUACGCACUGCAUCGGCGACCGGAUGUUUGGGGACCGGACCCGGAACGGUUUGAUCCGGAUCGAUUCGGACCGGAAGCAGUCACGAAUCGGCAUCCGUUUGCUUAUUUGCCCUUUAGCGGUGGGCUGCGGAACUGCAUCGGCUGGCGGUACGCGCUCAACUCAAUGAGGAUCAUUCUGUUGCGGAUCUUGCAGAACUAUGAACUGAAAACCGAUCUUAGGCAGUCGGAGAUGCGUUUCAAGUUUGAGAUCACGAUGAAACUGAUCGGUCCACAUCGGGUGUGGCUGACGAAGAGACCGAAGCGAAGUUAGCGAUGGCUUACAUUUUUAAUUGAAAUAUGUCAUGCGAUGCAUACAGGGGUCACUUUUUUAUUACCUGAAAAUUAUACAAUUCAUUUUGUCGACUUACUUAAUUAUG